UACAAGCUUUAAAAGAACAACUGUGACCAUGUAUUAGGCAAACCACUCCACUGCAGGCCCAAGCAUACGUCACUUAUGUGCCCUCUUUGCAGGACGGAACUUUGCACAGGAAUGAAGCAGUUCAGAACUCACUAGUCUGAGUGCUAUGGAAAUGAGAUAGUUUCCGUAAACCUUCAAGAAGGAUUAGUCUAUUAGCCUACAUCGUUCAGAAAGUUAAAGAUAAAAAUCUACAUCCAGUCAUAUAUUGGAAAUCGGCGUUCCUCGUGUAAUUCAUUAUUUGAGAGAUAGAUAGAAUUACCUCCUCUAAAGGGAACUAAUUGUGUUCAAAAUGACGUAAACUUAUGAUAGGGGUGUAAAAUCCAAAACUGAGCGAUUGCUGCUGGCCGGAGUGAGCAACCUAGGUAGCAGUGACGUCAGUGUGUGCUGUUUUCGGAAUGACGGGCUCAAGUCGCACAAAGUCGGCUCCGUCGUAUCGAGCCCUCGGUACUCGGUCACCGGCCUGCGCCUCGCACGAGAAUGCCGAGUACGAAUACAGUUUUGUCAAAGCCAUCGUGGACGCCAUGACGUCAGAGCCUGCGGAGCGGCCCACGCCACGCCCCCAAGCCCUCCCAUCCACCGUGUGGCCGCCUAUGUAUCUCAGCCACAACCCUGGAUCCCCGCCCAUACGUCAACCAGAAGCUCCGCCCAUUUACUCCAAAUUUAAGCGACGUCAGCAAGACAACAGAUCCUAUUCUAUUCUCCCAACACCAGCCUACAAGCAACCAAGAGACUCUCUUUUUCCCCCUCAACAUACUCCUCUCCUACCUCGCAGAAUGAAUCAGGUUGUUUUCGAAGGCAAGUCAGUCUUAACCACGGAUGUGGGGUUGGCUAGCAAGCGAAGACAGGGACAAUUUUUCUUUAACGGCCCAACUCUCAGAUUGGGUAGAAACGCUGAAAACAAAACGACGGUUUUACCUAUGACGUCACUCUCGCACACACCCCUGCAACUUAACGGUGAUGGAAAACAGGUACUGUCUUCGAACGUCUCAAAGAGUCUGAACAAUUACCAGGGUAUCGUGACUUUUGGCAUGAGGAAGGCAGAAACAAAGACACAACCACAGAGUUCCCUACCGCAAAGUCACAAAGAUCAAACCCCUCGCUAUGACCCAGUUAUCGACCAAAGCGACAAACUGGCACUCAUAACCCAAACAGGGGUCGCAGACGAGGAAAAGGUCACGAAAUACCGCUUCCGAAUCCGGUCUCCCAGUAGCUCGGGAACGCCCCCUCGACCAUCUACGUCACCGGAAGCUCGUCAUAAAAUGCAGAACAAGCUCCUCAACCGCAGAAGCGAGGUCAGCAGUGUGUUGAAAAAGACAGAAAAAAACAAUCCUCAGCUUAUAUCUAUCGACGCUACACCCAUGAUCGCAAAGCCAAAAGGAGUUGAGAGUGUUGGUACUCUGUCUUUAGGGACGCCCAGGGUAACAGGAGAACAAGAAGGCCGGACUAUGCUGACCAAGACACCGGGCAGUCUGACCCUAAGCGUUUUCCUUCCACGGGAGAGCUCAGACUCAGCGAGAAUGUGCACCAGACAAUCGGACACCGACGCCAAAACGAGGCAACUUGAGAGAGGAGGGAAGACACCGACAAUGGACAAGCCAAAAGUCACAAAUUCUGUUGUGAAAAACGUUACUAAUGAAGUUUGUGUUCUUGAUGACAACGUCAAACAAACCUUACCUCCUACAACAUACCCCCGUCACGUUUCAGAAACCGCGAUUAUAAAUGAAGUCAGAGAAGCAAAUGACGUCACAAAGGGUGUGUUCAAAUCGGACAUUGGUGGUUCGUUUGACCACAAGACGGACCUGAGAAGGGCAAUCCACUGCGAGCUGUUUGGGCCAGACCUAUGCGGAGACUGUCAGAAGGUCCAUGAAAAGGAAGAAAUUACCAACUGGCAGGAGAGUAACUACCCUAAGGUCACGGGAGGGCAAACCUGUCUCGUGGCAAACCAGAAAGCGAACCAAUCUCAAGCCCUCCCCAGCAGCGGUCGUCAGCCUCAAGUGUCCAUCACGUCCAACCAGCUUCUGGUGGCCUCAUCACUUCCGAAACCUGUACGUCCACAAGACAUCGAAUCAGGAUCUUCACCCGCACCAUGUGCUGAUCACCUUGAUAAACAGACAUGGCGUCUGUCCAACACCCAGAGGCAGGGAGAGGUUAAGGAGCGAAAGUGGGAUACUUUUGUCUCUCCGACUCCCAAGUCAAAACACCAGGCGAUAAGUAUGUUACAGCAGUGAGAAAGGCGGCGUUAGAUUCACUGUAAUAAAAUAUAGUUGUAGACUAGAAGUUUUAUGCCCCCAUCGACACUAUUUAGUUCAUUCAGAGAGUGGGUUAAUUCCAUCAUGGCAUCAAACUGAGCUGCUAGUGACACGGCGGUUCAGCAGACAGACGGGAAAAAAACGAAAUAUAGAAAUUCUCUCUCAACAGGAAUCGGAAUCACGUCUUCUGCAUGCAACAGCAUAAAGAGCCUCACCACUACAUCAUCACAGACGUCAGGUGGGAUGCGCUGUUUACCCAGUAAGUUGGUGUCUUGCUGGACUGCUUAGGACAACGCCAUUGGCUCGCAUUCCCCUGUGAUAUAUCGUCGGUCAGCUGUUUACAUGUCAUUAUGAAUCGAAAAAUUUUGGUGAAUUUUUUUAAAGUGUGGUUUCUUAAACUGUGGUAUU